AUGCCGCCAGCCCCCAAGUCCGGCGACGCCCUCUUCGCCAGCGUGGAUCGCGUCAAUGCCGAGCUGUUCACGCUCACGUACGGCGCCAUGGUGCGCCAGCUGCUCACGGAUCUGGAGGAGGUCGAGGAGGUCAACAAGCAGCUCGAUCAGAUGGGUUACAACAUUGGAACUCGAUUGGUUGAUGAGUUCUUAGCAAAGUCAAAUGUAUCAAGGUGUGUUGACUUCAAGGAGACUGCCGAUGUUAUCGCAAAGCUUGGCUUCAAAAUGUUCUUGGGUGUGACUGCAACUGUGACCAAUUGGGAUGCUGAGGGUACAAGUUGCAGCCUUGUCCUGGAAGACAACCCACUUGUUGAUUUUGUCGAGCUCCCUGACACUUGCCAAGGCCUUCAGUAUUGCAAUCUUUUAAGUGGAGUUAUUAGGGGGGCAUUGGAAAUGGUGUCUAUGAAGACGGAGGUGACAUGGGUACGUGACAUGCUUCGUGGGGACGAUGCCUAUGAGAUGCGGGUGAAACUUAUCAAGCAUGUCCCGGAGGAAUACCCCUACAAGGAUGAUGACUAG